AUGUUCACCAAAAGAAUCGUGCUGGCGGAAACUGCAUGGCUCUUUGAUCCGCUAGGCUGGUUAGCUCCAAUGGUAAUUCAGGCGAAAAUUUUGAUCCAGUCCGCCUGGCUGCAGCGAUUGGAUUGGGACGCUCCGCUUCCGUCGACCAUCGCUGUGAAGUGGCAACGCCUGUUUGAAGGACUUCCAUCACUCCAGAAGCUCCGCGUCAGGUGCUGGUUAGGUACCGACAACUCAAGCUCGCAUCUCGAACUGCACGGAUUCGCCGACGCGUCUGAACGAGGUUAUGCCGCCGUGGUGUAUCUUCGCAUCAAUUCGGCCAAUCUAAUCACGACGCGAUUGUUUGUGGCAAAGAGCAAGGUUGCACCUAUCAAACCCAUAUCACUUCCGCGACUGGAACUCUGCGCUGCCGCCUUGCUCACGAAUCUACUCGCAUACACGCGCACUGUGUUAAACCUAUCCACUACACCGGUAAUCCUGUGGUCUGAUUCCAAGGUCACUCUCUGCUGGAUUCAUGGCCACGCCUCUCGAUGGAAAACUUAUGUGGCUAACAGGGUAUCGCAGAUCCAACAACAGCUACCUGAGUCUCGAUGGUGCCACGUCCCAGGAAAGAAGAAUCCCGCCGACUGCGCCUCCCGAGGACUCGCCCCAAGCGAGCUCCUUGGACAUCCCCUGUGGUGGACGGGCCCCGCCUGGUUGCGCGGAAACGUAACAGAAUGGCCAAGCGGAGACGAGGAGCUGCCCAUCAAGGACACGCCUGAGCAACGAUCCACCACGCACAUUGCAGCAACCAGGAGCAAUCUACAGCCUGAAUUCCUCCUCAAAUUCUCAGCGCUGCAUUCAUUCCUGAGGAUCACCUCCUGGUGCCUCCGAUGGCGCCGCCGCCCAGCCGGAUCCGCUGACGAGGAUCGCGACAGGUCUACGCUCCACCCUGCCGAACUUGAUGAAGCACUCCUGCAGUGGACUCGAGUAGUGCAGACGCUGCACUACCCGAAGGAGAUGACCGCCAUUGCAACCAAUCGUUGUCUUCCACGAAAAAGUCGCCUAUCCCACGAGGCAGAGCAGUCGUUAAGCAAUGGUUGCACCAAUGCGCACUCGCUGGAAGGCUGUCACACCACAACCUCCAAUGGGAAACCUUCCACCAGAAUGAGUGACUCCUGCAAGACCAUUCCUCCAACUCCAAAGCAGUUCACCUUGAAGCGGUCUCAGACUACACCGCCGAAGCAUUCCUGGCUGCCCUCCGCCGCUUUACAUCUCGCCGAGGUCUUUGCUCUGACAUCUACUCAGAUUGUGGCACCAAUUUUUCUGGAGCUGACAAGCAACUGA